GAGGCUCAGCUUCUGCAGCCAUGGCUUUUCCCGCUGGGUUCGGAUGGGGAGCAGGUACUGCGGCCUAUCAAGUGGAAGGAGGCUGGGAUGCAGAUGGAAGAGGCCCUUGUGUCUGGGACACAUUCACCCAUCAGGGAGGAGAGAGAGUUUUCAACAACCAGACUGGUGAUGUAGCUUGUAGCAGCUACACUCUGUGGGGGGAAGAUCUGAAAUGUAUCAAACAGCUUGGAUUGACUCAUUACCGCUUCUCUCUUUCCUGGUCACGUCUGUUACCUGAUGGGACGACAGGUUUCAUCAACCAGAAAGGAAUUGACUAUUACAACAGGAUCAUUGAUGAUUUGUUAACGAAUGGGAUUACACCCGUAGUGGCUAUCUAUCACUUCGAUUUGCCUCAGGCUUUAGAAGACCAAGGAGGCUGGCUGUCAGAAGCAAUCAUUGAGACCUUUGACAACUAUGCUCAGUUUUGCUUUAGGACCUUUGGAGAUCGAGUGAAGCAGUGGCUCACCAUGAACGAGCCCAAUAUUCUUGCUCUGUUGUCCUAUGACAUGGGAAUCUUUGCUCCUGGUGUGCCUCACAUUGGGACUGGAGGUUAUCAGGCAGCUCAUAAUUUGAUUAGGGCACAUGCCCGAUCCUGGCACAGCUAUGAUUCUUUAUUCCGAAAAGAACAGAAAGGCAUGGUGUCCCUAUCGUUAUUUGCUUCCUGGUUGGAACCAGCAGAUCCCAACUCAGUGCUGGACCAGGAAGCUACUAAGAGAGCCAUCAAUUUCCAGUUGGAUUUCUUUGCUAAACCUAUAUUCAUCGAUGGUGAUUAUCCUGAAAUUGUCAAGUCCCAGAUUGCCUCCAUGAGUGAAAAACAAGGCUAUUCAUCAUCAAGGCUUCCAGAAUUCACAGAAGAAGAGAAAAAAAUGAUCAAAGGCACCGCCGACUUCUUUGCGGUGCAAUAUUAUACAACUCGCUUAGCCAAGCACCGGCAGAGUAGCAACGAGCUCAGCUUUCUUCAGGAUGUGGAGAUUGAAUACUUUCCUCAUCCAUCCUGGAAAAAUGUGGGUUGGAUCUAUGUGGUGCCAUGGGGAAUACGUAAACUACUGAAAUACAUUAAGGAUACGUAUAAUAACCCUGUAAUUUACAUCACCGAGAAUGGGUUUCCCCAGAGUGACCCCCCAUCUUUUGAUGACACUCAGCGCUGGGAGUAUUUCAAACAGACAUUUCAGGAACUAUUCAAAGCUAUCCAUGUUGAUAAAGUCAACCUUCAACUAUACUGCGUGUGGUCUCUUUUGGAUAACUUUGAGUGGAACAAUGGUUACAGCAGACGGUUUGGCCUCUUCCACGUUGAUUUUGAAGACCCUGCAAGACCCCGAGUUCCUUACAAGUCAGCCAAGGAGUAUGCCAGAGUCAUCAGAAACAAUGGCCUGGCGGGACCACUGUAAAGAAAGCAACUGGGACUCAUCCUCUGCAGAAGCCUUGGCUGCUGGAAGGACAUCUGCUUUGGUGAUGCUGUCACAAACAUCAAGUUGCCUCUGCACUAGAUGGUUCGUGAUACAAAUUCUGAAGUCUGGGGAUAAACUAAAUGAUAGCGUCUACUUUAUUUGAUCAAUAAAGUUUUUAGACAGUGGGAUAGAGAACCACUUAAAAUGAUUUUCAUAUUACAAAAUUAGAUAAAUUUGAAAACUUCAAUUUAAAUAUCUAGAAUUUUUUUCUUCGGAAAACAAUGUCAAGUUUCCAAAGCUAAAAAGCUGCUGAUUUUCAGCUCUCACAGCAGAUCUCUUAUCGAAGGUUGUAUAGGUGUGCACCUGCUUACUCUGGGGACUUAGCUACUGUUGCUUAGUAGAUCUGUUAGUGUUUGAUCUAUAGUUUCCACUAUUUAAUCUAGCAUUAAAUAUCAAAGUUAAAAUCAUGUAUUCUAUUCAACAAAUGAAGUGAUGAUGUAUUUACUAAAAUGUAUCUGAUAAUA